CGAAACGGGUCAACUUGCCGGGGAAGGGGGAGUUUACAAUUUAAAGUCACAUGACUGCUCACAUGACAAACAUUGGUCAAGAUGGCAGAAUAUUUGGACCGGCUGUUUCAAUAUAUUGAUGGACAUGAGGAGGAAUACGUGAAACGGUUGGCAGAUGCUGUGGCAAUCCAGAGUGUUUCAGCAUGGCCAGAGAAAAGAGGUGAAAUCAAGAAACAGGUGGAGGCAGUGGCAGAGGAAAUCAAGAAGCUUGGUGGCACUGUGGAGCUUGCAGACAUAGGCAAACAGACUUUACCUGACGGCACUGUUCUCCCCCUCCCACCUGUGAUUUUGGGAAAUUUGGGUGCUGAUCCCAAGAAGAAAACUGUCCUAGUGUAUGGCCACUUGGAUGUGCAGCCAGCCAUGAAGGAAGAUGGUUGGGAUACAGACCCCUUUGUCCUCACUGAGAAAAAUGGCCAACUGUUUGGCAGAGGUUCAACUGAUGAUAAGGGUCCUGUUUUGGAUUGGUUGAAUUGUAUAGAAGCCUACCAAAAGAUUGGUCAAGAAAUUCCAGUCAAUAUUAAGUUUUGCUUUGAAGGCAUGGAGGAGUCAGGGUCUGAAGGUUUAGAUGACCUGCUGUAUGCAAGGAAAGAUUCCUUCCUGAAGGAUGUAGACUAUGUGUGCAUAUCAGACAACUAUUGGCUUGGCAAGAAGAAACCGUGCAUAACAUAUGGACUCAGGGGUAUUGCCUAUUUCUUUGUUGAGGUGCAAUGUGCCAGCAAAGAUUUACACUCUGGGGUAUUUGGAGGCACUGUACAUGAGGCCAUGGUGGACCUGGUGUCCCUGUUGAACAGCCUGGUGGAUGGCAAGGGUAACAUCCUGGUACCUGGCGUCAUGGAUACAGUGGCCCCACUCACAGAUGAGGAGAAACAGCUCUACAAACCUAUUGAGUUUGAUAUGGAGGACUAUCGUCAAGAUCUUGGAGCAGAAAAACUAAUCCAUGAUACUAAAGAGGAAGUUUUGAUGCAUAGAUGGAGAUACCCUUCACUCUCAAUACAUGGUAUUGAAGGAGCUUUCAGUGACGGUGGAGCCAAAACUGUGAUUCCAAGAAAAGUGAUAGGAAAGUUUUCUAUCCGUCUAGUACCUAACCAGGAGCCGAAAGCCAUUGAGAAACUGGUGGUGGCCCACCUGGAGAAAAUUCAUAAAGAGAGGGGCAGUCCAAACAAACUGAAUGCCUUUAUGUUCCAUGGUGGCAAACCUUGGAUGAGUGAAUGUGACCACCCACACUAUGUAGCUGGAAGGAAGGCCAUGAAGACAGUUUAUGGCCAGGAACCAGACAUGACUAGGGAGGGUGGCAGUAUUCCAGUGACCUUGACCUUUCAGGAAACUACAGGAAAAAAUGUGAUGUUACUCCCAGUUGGCUCCUGUGAUGACGGGGCACACUCUCAGAAUGAGAAAAUAAACAGAAGCAAUUAUAUCAAUGGGAUCAAAUUGAUGGGAGCAUAUUUGUAUGAGCUGGGGAAGCUGUAAAUGGGCCCAUGAAGUCGAAAAACUAACAAGACCAGUAAAUCCUGCAGAUGCCAUGUAUCCACGUAUUUGAAGUUUAGGAUCAAAGUUUUCUCUGGGCCCAAUGUUGUGACAGUUUUUCAUUUCAAAUGAUCUUGAAAUCAUAUUUCAAAAGUCUCAACUGAGUAAAAGACUACAAAUGUUAUUAAAGCUUACCUCAUAGAAUAUUGUUUAUUGCAAAUAAGAAUUAUACGUAAUAAAUUCUUUUAUUUUCCAUAUAUUUGGGAACAAGUUUUUUUUCCAUCUACAAGUAGGUGUAUCUAUUGUUCUUUACAUAUCACAUCAAAGACAGGACCCGGGAGAUUUUACAGAACCAAAUUGUUAAUCCUAAUUUGAUAUAUGUAUGAGCUGAAGUUUUUUCGGUUUUUUAAGAUGAUAAGCUCCUGGUUCAUCAAGUAUUACAAAUCUGGAUACAACUGACAUCUAAUAUGUACCUUUGCCAAUUAUAUCAUUGACACACCUUUAUAUGCCAACUUACAGCUCUUUUACCUUUAAUACAAUACAGUUUUGUUUUCAUGUCACGGAUUGAUUGUGCCAUGAAUGGAUCUAGAAAUUCUUGGACACCUGAUAUUUAUAGAUGUUAUUAUCGAAUGGCCAUUAUUGGUGCAUACUUGUUGGUUUUUUCUCGGAGAAAUAACACUACAACAAAUCCAUGCAAAUUUAAAUGUUUAUUAUUAGCAUGGGAAGAUACAUUAUAUCCUGAAUGCAAUAAAGUUUUAAAGAUA